UGCGCGCAGGUGUGCGCCCCGCCCCGGGCUCGGCCACCUACCCGGGAAGCUGGUGCUGAUUGUUGCCCUCGGGUCGCUCCGGGGCGGGACGCGGCGACCGGCCAUGGAAGGCACGUCGGGGACUCGUGAGCCCCGGACGCGGCCGAGAGACCCAGACAGGCACCCGCGCCCGGACCGAGACCGGCACCCCGAGCGACAGCAGGACCGGCACCCGGAGCGACCGCGGGACCGAGCGGAGGACCGGCGCAGGGAGAAAAGGGGUGGCGAGCGGAGGGACGGGGAGCGGGACCGGGACCGGGGACGGGACCGAGACCCCCACCAGGACAGACGCAGGGUCGGGGACUAUCGCGCUGGGGAGCAAAGAGUUUUGGAAAAAACCCGCCAAAGCCGGACGCGGGACGGCCCCCGAAGGCCCACCUGGGACGCAGCCCCGCCCCCCUGGCCAGCGCCUUGGGAAACCCCGGAGUCACCGCCCUACAGGAAGGAGGGCACCGGGCGCCGCGGACCGGAAAGUUACAGUGAACCCCCUUCGGGGCUAUAUCUGCCCUCGAACCCCAGGCCUGGACGGGAGGACGUGGAAUACUACCAGUCAGAGGCGGAAGGACUCCUGGAAUGCCACAAAUGCAGAUACUUGUGCACUGGGAGAGGUGUGGUGCAGAUAGUGGAGGUGAUACUGAAUGGGAUGGUUCUCAUGUGUAUCGUGGCUUCCUACUUUGUCCUGGCUGGAUUCAGCGCCAGCUUUACCAGUGGUGGCGGCUUCGGGAACAACUAUUACUCACCAUUUGAGGGCACGGAGCUGGAGCAGGUCCGGCAGCUGGACCAGCAGUACACAGUCCUCCGGGCGCCCCUCAUCUACGGCGGCGUGGCGGUGUCCCUGGGGCUGGGUGUCCUCACCAUGGGUGUGUUACUCCAAGGAGCCAAGAGUCUCACCAAACUGCCAAGGAAGUGGCUCGUCCUGGAGGCCGUCUUCAGCCUCCUGGCCGCAGUGGGCUACUGCGCGGGCAUCGGCGUUUUCCUCCACAUAGCCCUGCGGAUCAAUGCCACAGACACUUGCAAAAGAAGAGAGAGGCUCUAUGCCCGCAAAGGCCUCACCUGGAUGAACUGCCAGCUGGCAGGCACUGAUGGGGCAGCAGCCACCUUUGCUUGUCUCCUGGUGAUAAUGUACGGAGUCAGCGUGGUGCUGGCCCUCCGGAGCUACCGGGAACAGAAGCUCUACAGAGACAGCCAAGAGCAGCACAGAAACUACAGUGAGGGACCGGAGUACCUGUGGUCCGGAACACUCUGAGGUCGUCUUCUCAGAACCUAAAUGUCAGCCCGCCUCCCUGGUUCCUCUCAGAAAGAGGAGUCCUUUAAAAUCGCACAGUUGACAGCUGGUGUUUUCACAUACAGGAUUUUAUAAAUGCAAAGCUAGAUGGCCAUCUCAUUUUUCUGUCAGGGAGCUUUUCAAGCUCAAAGCUUGGAAAAAAAAUCUCCCCCACCUUUGCUACAAAGAACAUCAGAAGUUUGGAUAUGCACUUAUGGUCUGGCUCCCGCACCAAAUGGUAAGGUGAUGAUGAUGGCUAAGUAGCCAGAGAAAUCCUGAAAGUUGAGAACUACACAUCAGGGGUAGCAGGCCCGGCGUUAUAGUAGGAAUAUCUCACCCGUCUCAACUAUUGAGAUUCACCAAAAGAAACAUGCCAUACCCCCUCCUGUGUGGUCCCAGGAGAAUGCUUUUAAAGCAGUGUGACUGAAUUCUAAAGAGUCAUCCGACCCUCUCCUAGAGGGAAACUGUUCUGCCCACAGGACAGUGUACCGAUUGCCUGGAUCCCAAGGAGUGAGAUGGGAGGCUGGGUUUCUGACACAUGAAGAGAGAUGCUUGUAGCAUGCAUGUUCCUCCUUGAGAUUCCUGUAUUAGAGCUGAGAGAAAAUGUCUUGGGUUUUAUUGCCACCAUUCCAAGUUAGUUUCUUUUUGUUGCAAGUCAUUCAACUGGAAUUCAGCCUUCCUGAAAUAUUUUUCUGAAAUAUGGGGCUCCCGUAAGUCAUACACUUCUCGCCCGGCCGGGAUGACUUAGUGGUUGAGCAUCGACCUAUGGACCAGGAGGUCACGGCUCGAUUCCCGGUCAGGGCAUAUAUCUGGGUUGAGGGCACGAUCCCCAAGAAGGGGUGUGCAGGAGGCAGCCGAAUGGUGAUUCUCUCUCAUCAUUGAUGUUUCUAUCCCUCUCUCUGAAACCAAUUAAAACAUUUUUUUAAAAGUCA